AUGGCUGCCUCACACGAGCACCGCCAAAAGCAGUUUCUGCCACCCAGUCCACCUCCUUCGCCGCCAGCCGCACGACGUAGACACAAGAAACAUCUCGAUGACGACUUCGCAAAGCUGGCAGCAACACCACUGCCAUCUCCUACGUUAUCCACAACAUUUGAUGGAGAAGACAAGCCAGAAUCACUCCUGACAAGGAUCAUCCUCACACCCAUUCUCUUCACCUCCUUCCUCCUUUCCCUCUUCCUAGUAAACGCGCAAAACCGCGCCCGGCGCACCGCCGCCCACACCCCACCCUCCUCGUACCUAACCUACCUCUUCCCGUCUUCCUGGCUGGACCCCGAGCCCUACCAAGACCACAACGACUCGACCUGGGGCCGACGCGGUGCUACUGGGCACGUCGAGCCGAACGAUGCAAUUGCACCGAAGGAUGGGCAGCUCGAUGGAACACGGGAAGAGAAGCAGGGAAAGGAUACCAAAGAGGGGAAGAGAAAGGAGAGUUGGCACUUGAACAAGAAGAUUAGGAAGAUCGCAAGGUUGGAAGUUGGCGAUGCGUUUGAAAGUCAAGGGAAGGUUAUUGUCGUUAUGGUUACGAUGAUGGUGUUCACUGUUAUUGGGUUUUGGGUGGGUAUGAGGUGGAUCUGGAGGUCUAUAUUCGGAUGA